AUCAGUUCUAAUCCUUCAUAUUUUAAUUUUGUUAUUUGUAGUAUUCAAACCAAGAGAGAUUCUCGUGUUUCUUCAAGAAGCUGAUACAAAUCUUAAAAUGCGGUCAUGUGAUUUACAGUUACAGGAGAGGGAGGAGCACCUCUGCUCAGGUAAACCAGGUCCUUUAAAUACAGCGAGGGGACGAAGUUUUCAGUCAGAUCAGACUGUGUUACAGUCGACAGCAGGAGGAGGAAGACGAGGUGAGUACUAUCCAAAUCUCUGACUCUGUUUUUGUGAGGGGUGUUACAGAAAAUAAGAUUCUAUCUGUGGUGGAUUAUCAAAAGGUCUAUUUUAAAGAAUUUAGAAGAAUUAAAAGCAGUAAUUCAAGAAGAAUGGGACAAGAUUACCCCUCAACAGUGUGAAAGGCUCGUGGGGAACAUGCCAGCCAGGAUUAGAGCUCUACUGCGUGCUAAUGGCAGGACUACUAAAUAUUAAUUUGAUGGUUUAUUUUAUUUUCAUUGCUCCCCUUAAAUUCCUAAAUUUUUCAGCUUAGGAGCACAGGGAGAAAAGUAGAUAUCAAGCCCUGAGAAUAUCCGGUGAUUUCUAAUUUAACACACAGCUCACAAGUUUGAAUUGUAUUAGGUGAAUCUAUGCAUCCAUUAAUGCAGAGUUUCGUAAAGAUUUGAACCCACAAAAUUUGCAUUUUGUGAUUCCUGAUCAUUAAACAGUGCCGCUGUGUGAAAUUGUUGCGUUCCACCUGUCAAUCAGUUUGGAUUAGCAUCAAGUUUUAAACCUGUUUUGAAUGUUGAUAGUGGGACAGUUUUGUUUACAUUUGAAUCACAGAAUUUUGAAUGUAAAUGAUUCCAAAAAUGGAAUGGAAUGUUCAAAAUCAAAGGCAGCAAUGUAUCAUUCAUUGGUGAUGUAAUAAACAUAUGAACGGAAUUCGGUGAUGUCAUCAGACUUCUUUAACUAGGCACUCUAGUCAGAAGAGUGAAUCAGAAUUCAAAUCUUACAGAACCACGGUGAGGAAAAGAACAACCGACACGCAGACCACUGAUUUCAGAGGAACUUUUAGAGAAACAGCAUUUUUCAGGAACAACCUAAGCCCUGAUUUUUCUAAGAAUGGCGAACUCUACUCAAAACAGGACGGUGCCUACCGCGCCAACAUACUUCGAAUACUGGAGGAUGCACAACUCACUCAAAAGACUAAUUGGUCAUCUUCGAAAACAGUUGAGCAUGGAAUACAACUGGAGAGUACGGGUCAGCCAAGAGUUGGAGGACACAAAACAACAACUGUCCAACCAAGAACGCCUUAAGGAACUGUUUAUUAGUAAAGAAAAAGAAGCCAAAAAAGAGCUUGAGAGACUGUGGAACUAUAGUGACAAAGAUAAGAUCACAGCUCUCCAGGACGAGCUAAAGCUCGCCGCUGAGCUGAAAACGGAAAAAGAGAACCACGAAGUUCUCCAGAAACAACUUAAGCUCAGCCUGGAAAAGCUCGCCGCUGAGCUGAAAACAGAGAAAGAGAACCACGAACUUCUCCAGAACCAACUUAAGCUUGACAAGGAAAAGCUCGCUGCUGAGCUGAAAACAGAGAAAGAGAACCACGAGGUUCUCCAGAACCAACUUAAGCUUGGCAAGGAAAAGCUCACCACUGAGCUGAAAACAGAAAAAGAGAACCACGAAGUUGUCCAGAACCAACUUAAGCUCAGCCUGGAAAAGCUCGCCGCUGAGCUGAAAACAGAGAAAGAGAACCACGAACUUCUCCAGAACCAACUUAAGCUUGACAAGGAAAAGCUCGCUGCUGAGCUGAAAACAGAGCAAGAGAACCACGAGGUUCUCCAGAACCAACUUAAGCUCUGCAAGGAAAAGCUCGCCACUGAGCUGAAAACAGAGAAAGAGAACCACGAACUUCUCCAGAACCAACUUAAGCUCUGCAAGGAAAAGCUCGCCACUGAGCUGAAAACAGAGAAAGAGAACCACGAACUUCUCCAGAACCAAUUUAAGCUUGACAAGGAAAAGCUCGCUGCUGAGCUGAAAACAGAGAAAGAGAACCACGAGGUUCUCCAGAACCAACUUAAGCUUGGCAAGGAAAAGCUCACCACUGAGCUGAAAACAGAAAAAGAGAACCACGAAGUUGUCCAGAACCAACUUAAGCUCAGCCUGGAAAAGCUCGCCACUGAGCUGAAAACAGAGAAAGAGAACCACGAACUUCUCCAGAACCAACUUAAGCUCAGCAAGGAAAAGCUCGCCGCUGAGCUGAAAACAGAGAAAGAGAACCACGAGGUUCUCCAGAAACAACUUAAGCUCAGCCAGGAAAUGCUCACCGCUGAGCUGAAAACAGAGAAAGAGAACCACGAAGUUGUCCAGAACCAACUUAAGCUCAGCCUGGAAAAGCUCGCCGCUGAGCUGAAAACAGAGAAAGAGAACCACGAACUUCUCCAGAACCAACUUAAGCUUGACAAGGAAAAGCUCGCUGCUGAGCUGAAAACAGAGAAAGAGAACCACGAGGUUCUCCAGAACCAACUUAAGCUUGGCAAGGAAAAGCUCACCACUGAGCUGAAAACAGAAAAAGAGAACCACGAACUUCUCCAGAACCAACUUAAGCUCAGCAAGGAAAAGCUCGCCGCUGAGCUGAAAACAGAGAAAGAGAACCACGAACUUCUCCAGAACCAACUUAAGCUCAGCAAGGAAAAGCUCGCCGCUGAGCUGAAAACAGAGAAAGAGAACCACGAACUUCUCCAGAAACAACUUAAGCUCAGCCAGGAAAUGCUCACCGCUGAGCUGAAAACAGAGAAAGAGAACCACGAAGUUGUCCAGAACCAACUUAAGCUCAGCCUGGAAAAGCUCGCCGCUGAGCUGAAAACAGAGAAAGAGAACCACGAACUUCUCCAGAACCAACUUAAGCUCGGCCAGGAAAAGCUUGCAGCUGAGCUGAAAACAGAGAAAGAGAACCACGAACUUCUCCAGAACCAACUUAAGCUCAGCCAAGAAAAGCUCGCCGCUGAGCUGAAAACAGAGAAAGAGAACCACGAAGUUGUCCAGACCCACCUUAAGCUCAGCCUGGAAAAGCUCGCCGCUGAGCUGAAAACAGAGAAGGAGAACCAUGAGGUUGUCCAGAACCAACUUAAGCUCAGCCUGGAAAAGCUCGCCGCUGAGCUCAAAACAGAGAAAGAGAAGGUGGAGGAAGAGCAGGAGCAGCCUGUGGAACAUGAGAAUGACCUACCCCAAGCAGAAGAGACUGAAACAGCCCCCAGGAAAUCAACCUUUAAGAGAUUCCGCCACUUCCUGGGCUUGCGGAAACCUCAAAGGUGGAAGAGGCCAGCGGUGCCUGCAUCCACCAGCAGCGAAUGAGCUGCCUCCCCCUCCAUCACCCACUGUAAGGAAAUUGAUUUUAUUCAUGGCAGACAUGAGGCCCGGCCAAGGCAGAUGGCCCCACCAUGAGCCCGGUUCUGCUCAAGGAAUUUUUCCUUGCCGCCGACGCCAAGUUGCAUGCUCGUGGUGGACUCUUGGGUCUAAUUUAACAUUGCCAGAAAUGCGCAGGUGUUCACUGGCGGUUCACCUGUUAUUUUCCAGGCAAAAAGUCUGCUGUGAAAACAAUUAAUUGAAUUACAUCUCCUUCAGGGGUGAACAGAGGGAUCGCAAAAACAACAAAGCAAAACAAAACAAAAAACACACAAAUAUAAAAAAAAACAAAAAAAACAAAACAAAAAAAAAAUAAAAAACAAAAACUAAAUUUUCUUGCAUCUAUCUGUUGUUCUUACUUUACACACUUUGUUUCAUUUCACUUAAUAGAUGUAAAUGUAUAUGAUUUCCUUUGUUUAAAAAAACAAAACAAAAACAAACACAAGCAAACAAAACCACUCUAAACUAGGGUUCCACAUUGUACCGGUUUCACUUGCAUU